AUGUCGUCGGUCCGGGCGCGGGCCAGCAUGCGGCUUCCGCCGGAAGUGAAUCGCGCGCUAUACGUGCGGAACCUCCCCUUCAAGAUCACCGCGGAGGAGAUGUACGACAUCUUCGGCAAGUUCGGCGCGAUCCGGCAGAUUCGGCUCGGCAACGCGUCCGACACGCGCGGGACCGCGUUUGUGGUGUACGAGGACAUCUACGACGCGAAGAAUGCCGUCGACCACCUGUCCGGCUUCAACGUCUGCGGCCGCUACCUGGUCGUGCUCUACUACCAGCAGACCAAGAUGCAGAAGCGGCUCGACACAGAGCGCGAGCAAAAGGAGCUCGCCGAGAUGCGAGCCAAGCUGGGCAUCGACACGGGCGACGAGGGGUACAACCUCGCCAAGCGGUAG